UCAUGAGAUACGGCACUCUAGUGUUGCAUCAAUAUUUGCAAACAGACAGGCAUAAUUAACCGGCUCAAAUCGAUGUUGAAGGACAACGACAAUCUUAAUUUGUUUUAUUUUUAACAGCCGCCUGGAGGAUAUGAAAAUAGGCUUGUGCGUAAUACCUGCGGACUAGCCCGCUAGCCAAAGUUAGCGGACUGAGACUGUGCUAGGUGAAGUGAUUAGGUCAGAGACUGCCAUGGGCGGACGCAAAUGCUGGAAACCACAAUCUAAACUUUGUUCUCAUAAACACUUCUGGCUAAUUUGCAAGUGAUGCACGGACUCCAGUUCAGCUGUACUCGGUCAUGGAAAAAAGAGAGGAAAAGGAGCUGGACGAGAUCACCCUGCGCUUGCACAGGGACGGUGUGUCCCCUGAGGCUUCAGCAGAGGAGCGAGAGCGGCACCUGUGGUGUUUGCUCCAGCGCAGUGAGGGCAGCCUGACUGCAGCCACUGAAGACCUGCAGACUUUGCGCACACAGCAGGCCAGCGAGAUGAGAGAGGUGGAAAAUUACGUGGAGCAUAUUCGAAACAUGCUGGAGGAGCGGGAAUCUCUCACAGCGGAGUACGAACGUGACAACGAACAGCUCCGUGCUGAACUCGCUCUAAUGAAACACCAACAGGACUCCCAAUGUAAGGAGGUGGUGGAGAUGCUGGAGCAGGAGGGUCUAGCAGAGAUCAGCCAAAGCAGUGCCAGUGAGCAAGUGGCCUAUUUGCUGGUGGAGAGAGUCACUUUGCUGGAGAGACUGGAGGCUGCUGAAAGAAAGCUGGACACCCAGACCCUCACCGGCAACCUCAGAGAGGUGCAUCUACAGGAAGAGCUGGAUCAUAUCCGUCACGCACUGGAAGAGGAACUCAGACAGCAAAAGGAUAGCUUGAAUAAGGCCCACGGUGAAGAACUCGGUAGAGAGCGCACAGAACGGCAGAAGCUAGAAAGGGAUCUGGAAGAGGCGUCAAGUCGUCUUGCUAUGGCACAUAAAGAGAUUCGCCACCUGACAGAUGAACUAGAUCUCGCUCGUAAGGUCCAAAACUUGUCUGUACCUGACCUGCAGAAAACUGGGGAGGAAGUGGAGCAGUUAAAACAGGAAGUGGACAAGCUUAAACAGUGUGAUAUGGUGGAGCUGCAGAAGGCCAAGGAACGCAAUGAGCGACUGGAUGGGGAGAUCCGUGUGUUGAGGGAUAGAGUUCGCUCAUUGGACACAGAGAGGAGGACUCUUCUUAAACUGGUUGAACAAUCAAAGCUGCACUCGGCUCAAGGGAUCAACGAGACAUUAGAGCUCAAUAAAAUACACUCUGCACAGGAUGUUGGGAAUAAUGUGGAUUUAUCUCUGGCUCCUGAUGACGAGAUACUCCACAAAAGGUGUCGAAGAGAGUCUGAAGAUAAGGACAGCCGUCUUCGAGAGCUGGAGAGGAGGUUGCAGAAGCAGCAGCGGGAGCACGAGGAGCUGGUGGAGCGGAAUGAGGAGCUGGAGGCGCUGUUGGGGGAGGCGCAGAACGCAGCCAAAGACGAGCGAGAGCAUCAUGAGUGUGAGAUAGAGGGGUUACAGAGAAAGAUUAAAAGUAUAGAGGAAGAACUGAGUAAGAGGGAAACCAAGAAAACUGAGAAGAAAGAUGAAGAUCAGGUUCGAGGGACUGACUCUGAGCUUAGUGAGAGCAUUCAAGAAAGACUGAAGUUCCUCGAGGGUCGUCUUGCUGAAGAAAAAGGUUGGAGGAAACAGCUGGAGGUGGAUCUAUCUGUAGCCAAGGCUGCUCUCAAAAAGGAAAAAGAGGUCAUGCAAAGAGACCAUGAGGAGCUGAAGAGGUUACGUGUGGAGGUCCAGAGACUAGAGGUAGAAUGUCGACAAGGGAAGACACUUAACAAGAACCUUACGCAGAUUAAAGGAGAAAAGGGAAUUUUGGAAGAAAAGGUGGCCCAGUUGGAGCGUGCUCAGACACGGCUCCAGGACAACCUGACACUUCAGACAGAGAACAGCCGGGCCGAAGAGGACCUAAGAGACAGCAGGGGACAGGUGGCAGAGCUUAAGUCCAUGGUGGACAAGCUGAGAACAGAACUGACUCGACUAGAGAAGGAGCACAACACUCUAAGGGAUGAGCUGAUGGAGAAGCGCGGGCAAGUGAUGCAGCUACAGAGGGAGCUCAGCGAGAAAUCCCAUGAGAGGCUUCAGACUGACGGGGAGAAAGAGAGACUUAGUCUGGAGCUCCUGCAUGUGAAACAGCAGCUCCAGUAUACCAGAGAGCAGAUACCCAGAGCAUCACAGGAGCACACGGCCAACCACAAGCCUGCUGCACAGGAGGGGCUUUGUCAGCUGGCCUGUGUGAAGUCAGAGAUGAGUAAGCUACAAUCCACCCUGGAGGAGGAGAGACAGCUGGCCGGCCAACACCAGCUGGCCCUGCAGGCCCAGAUCAGUGAAGCUCAGGCCCGGGCUAAGGCUCAGGACUCACUCAUACAACAGAAAGGAGAAGAGAGCAAACAGCUGAGACAGGACCUGCAGAGAACCCAGCACCUCUUCACCUCUGCUGAGCGAGAGCUACGCUAUGAGAGAGAGAAAAAUCUAGACCUUAAGAGACACAAUGCACUCCUAGACCAGGAGAAGAUCAAGCUGUGUGCAGAGCUGAAGCAGGCCCAGGCCAAAAUAGCCCAGCAGGAGGGAAGUGCAGCAGGACAGGUGGCAGAGCUGGAGAGACUCCAGCAGAGAGCCAGAGAUCUGGAGCUGGAGGUGGCCAGAAGCGCUCAAAACCGGCAGACUAACAGCAGCUUGGUGGAGGAGCUAAAUUCAGAGAGGGCACGUGUGAUUGCUGCUGACAAGAAGGUCGUAGAACUGCAGCAGCAACUGAAGAACGCUCUGCACCAGCUGCGCCUGGAGGAGGCCCGAGCGGGAGAGACCAGCAAACUAGAGAGAGACACCAGAGACAUGUCUGAUAACCUGUCUGCCCUCAGAGUCCGACUGCAAGAGGAUCAACUACAGAGGAAAUUACUUGAGCAGAAAGACGAGGAACUCCAGCAGCAAGUGCGUUUAUUGCGGGCAAAGGAGGCGACUCUGACACGCACCAACAUGGAGAUGUCACACCGCACACAGGAGCUGGAGACACGGCUGCAGGUGCUAGAGAGUGAACUUAACACGGCUAGAGAAGAGCAGAGAAGCAGUCAGAAGAGCUGCCACAGGCUGGAAGAACAGCUUCUGUCUUCCCAACAUGAGUCUGAGAGACUGCAGGAGGAACUGAAGCUGGUUGUUCAGCAGCUCGACACUCACAUCAGGAGACACAACGAGAAACAUUCUCAGCACAAAACCAAGUUGCGCAAAGCUAAACAGAUCUUCAUGAAGACAGUCUCCCAACAUGAGCACAGAAUCCAGCAGCUGGAGAACGAUUUGGCUCUUGUGACAAGUCUCUCAGAGAAAGAGAAGGACUGGAUUAGGACUGUGACAGAAGAAAACGAUCAGCUCCUCUUGGAGAGACGAGAACUUCUGCAGCGAAUAAGUGAAGCUGAGGAGAUGGGAAACAAUGGACUGAGAACUGCCACUAGCAUCCAGCAGAGAGUUAAAUUCCUGGAGAUGGAGAAUAAACAGCUGCAAGAAAAAACUCUAACACUGGCCAAUCAGAUAGGAAUUUUAGAUCGUGCAUUGAGAAACCUUCAGUCGAUGUGUACUGUUGAGGAGGUCAAGAAAAUGUUUCCUUCUGGAGCUCAUCAUGAUAGCCUGUUGCGGACAUCAACUCGAGGUAUAAUAACUUUUUUUCAGUCUUCCAACUUAAUAUUUCUGUUCCAAAAUCUAGUCAAAUCAAAAAAUACAUGGCACACAAAAUAUGGGGUAAUAAAUUACUGUAAACUGUUUUUUUUUUUAAUCAAUUUUCUUUACUUAAUUUAUGUUUAGUAUUCAAUAUACACUUCUGUUCAAAGUUUGCGGUCAGUAAGAUUUUCAGAAACUAAUAUAUUUAUUCAGGAGAGAUGCAUUACAUAGUCAAAAGUGACUGAAAAUGUAUAAAAAUGUAUCACUAUUUCCACUUAAAACAUUUAUAAUAAGAAACGUUUUGACCAAAUCAGCAUAUUAGAAUGAUAUAUGAAGGAUCAUGUGACACUGAAUACUGGAGUAAUGAUGCUGAAAAUUCAACUUUACCAUCACAGGAAUAAAUUACAUUUUAAAAUAAAUAUUAACAGAGAAAAAGUUACAAGUGUUUUACUUUAUUUCUGAUCAAAUAAAUGCAGCCUUUGUGAGCAUAAGACUUCUUUCAAAAACAUGAAGAAAAUCUUGCCAAUUUUUUGAAAGGUAUAUCUUGUCUCAUCUGCCAUUUUGGAUUUAUUUUUCCACUGAGGCUGCAGUGCAAUAUGGGAUUAUUUUUCUGUGUCAGUAAACAAAUGGUGACAUCUUACAUCGCAACAUCUUGCUCUAGUCCACAGCCUGGGCUCUGUGACUCAUGGGGAAUAUUGGAUGCCAUUCGCAAAGUCAAAGUGGGUGAAAGUGGAGUGAAGAGCCUGGAGAUCUCCUCGUCUGUGCCCGUUUCACAGUCCACUGAGAUAGGCUACCUGAAUGUGACCUCACCUGUGGCUCCCAACAGCAGGUUAGAGCAGGAAGAGAGUCUCAGUGCCACAAGCGAUGAGGCCUGAGGGAGUUACAAAGACUGUGAAAUGCCAUUACAGAGUUUGCCAAUCUGAAAAGUCACUGGAUCAGUCAAAGCUUAAAAAUAAGCAACUGUGGAAGGGUCAAAUGUUUAGAUGGGUAAAACAGACAACUUGCUCAAGAAAUAGUUUCUGUGGCACCAUGACUGUGUGUCAUGUUUUAGGUCUUCAGUUCAUUUCCUUAUACUUUAUUUGUUUUUUAAAGCGAGUGUGAAGAGAUGUAUUCUUGCUCAGGCUCAUAUCACCUGUGUUGAAUUCAGUUACAUUGCCUUUGUGGCUCACAUAGAGACAGGCUAGAAUGCAUGAGAUUUUAUAUCAUUCACAAACAUGACACUUCAUUGGAUGCUUUGGUCAAUAGCCUUGUCACAUCUAUAAGAUGCCAUAUGUAUUUUUUUUAUACAUUUACCCUAUAAUGGUACAACUGUGGAAAAGCACUUAAAGCACUAUUAAUUUGUGUUCAGAUGGUACCAUCUGCAGGUGUUUACAACUGAAAUGCACUAUUGCCUUUGGAUAAGCAGCAAGUAUUUGAGAUCAAGUUGAAAUCAAGUGUUUGUUUUGUGAGAUUUGGUGUAAAUGUCUCCCGAUACAUUUUGAAACCCUUUUAUGUGUCAGCAGACCUUUUCUCAUUUCAGUCCUGAUUUUAGGUGAAAAAAUGGUAAAAUGUUACAUGGAGCUGAGAGUACUACACUCCUUUGUAGCUGAAAGCGUGUACACUACCAUUUAAAGUUUUGGGGUCAGUAAGAUAGAUUGAAAGAAAUUUAUACUUUUAUUCAGCAAGGAUACAUUACAUUUAUCAAAAGAGGAAGUAGACUUUUACAUUGUUACAAAAAAUUUCUAUUUCAAAUAAAUGCAGUUCUUUUGAACUUUCUGUUCUUCAAAGAACCGUGACGAAAACAUAUCACAGUUUCCACAAAAGAAAAUUAUUUUUUUUAUCAGCGUUGAAAAUAGUUAUGCUGCUUAAUGUUUCCACCAAAUCAUGCUGAUUUCUGAAGGAUCAUGUGACACUGAAUACUGGAGUAAUGAUGCUGAAAAUUCAGCUUUGCAAUCACUGUAACAAAUUCAAAUUUAUAAUAUAUUUACAAUAGAAAACAUUUUUUGUUGUUCACAAUAUUACUGUUUUUAGAUCAAAUAAAUGCAGACUUGGUGAGCAUAGGAGACUUAUUUCAGAAACAUUAAAAAAUCUUACCAACCCCAGUCUAUUGAAUGGUAGUGCAUCUGUGUUUAGUUCACGGUGUAAAGACUUUUUCUAUAUUAUCGUUUCAGUGGAUAGUUGAUCUAUGUAUUGCAACUUUUACAUGUCCACUAUUUUCUUUCAGUGAGAGGGCAAAAACUACAGCCAUGUAAUGACAGCAUAUUUAUUUAGACCUCUGCUUAUGUGUAGUAUAUGCUUAAUUACUAAUACAAGCAGUGUGGUUGUGAUGAAUAAUUUUUUGCUGGAGAAAGGUUGGUCUGCUGGUAUUAUGUUUGGCUACUGACAAGAAUGCAGGCCUGGUAGCAUUAGCAACCUUACGGUAUUGUUGUUUACUUAUGGGGUGAAAUGGGAUUUUUUUUUUUAAAUACUUUAUUUUAUACUCCCUUUGUGUUUUGUAUAUAGUCCUCUGAGACUGAAAUGACCUGUGAUCUGGGAGCAAAAUCAUCUGACAGAUGAGAAAUUGUAUCACUUUGAGCUGUGGCAAAAGGAUGAAGAUCCUGCAGUUGUGCCUGUACAUUAUGAAUGCAUUGUGCAUUGUGUCCUGCUGCUAUAUGAUAUUAGGAUGCAACUUUCACAAAAUAUUCCUAUAGGGCUCAUGUCAUUUAAAUUGCGACAGACAUCAGUGUACAUGGUACACACUGACAAAGCUUGUAUUUUCUUAAUAAACGUAUUUUCAUGA